UUAUUCAUCUUCUUAACUUAUUGUCAACUUCUAUUGUCUCGAAUAGUGUCUGAGAAGACGAGAACAGCAGCGAACACAAGCCAGCGCACAUGUAUAGACGAAAGGGUUCGCGUAUACAACCUUGUUAGUGAACAAACUUGUGUUUUUGUGUCUUGAACCGACGGUAUACGAAACGUCAGUAGAGGACUUGAGCAGGGUCCGUAGUGGUGCAAGAAGCGACCACACAGUGCAGGGUGCUGUGUACUCCAGUGGUCCCCCUCGCCCAUGUGCUCAGUGGGUCCCCAGAGUCUACUGUGCAAGAACUGUGAACAUCAGUAGAGCAGUUUUGGUUUUAUUCUAAGACUUUCUUCAAGCAAAAUGUGUGCACAGAGGCUAUGGCCAACGGUACAAGCCCUUGGGAGAGGCUUGAUCAAUAACAGGACAGAGAUCAUCCAGCAAAGUGUAAAGGCUUAUAAUGUACAGAAUUUUAACAGCAGUCACCUUAGCCAGGGGCACCAACAGAGCCAUGUUCCUGGCCAUGAUCGUUUCUCAACGACACAACGGGUCACUCACGCUGCAAGGGGAUCAUUCAACAAAGUUAUUGCUAGAUCUCUGCAUUCGGGAACAGUAUUUUAUGUUAAAGAAUUUUGUGACUCUGAAAAUGAGCAUGCACAUGCUAUUUUGCGCUCAUUACCUGCUUACCAUGCUACUACAGUAGCAGGGGACAAUAUAUUAAAUCACUCAUUCUAUCAGCAUGCAGUUCAACUCUCAGACUCAGAAUGGGCAAGAUGCAGUGCUGAGGAAGUAGCAAAUGGAUUUAUUGCCAUGUCCCAGCUCUGUCGUCACCAUCCUAUGGACUUGGAGGACUCGAAACACUCGGGACUUUGUGCUACACUUAGUAGCAAAUUGACACACAUAAGUGACAACCAGCUGCUAAUGGUACUGUCUGCUUUGUCCCUCUGGCCUCCAACCAGUGCAACGACUACCCCAAAUUUUGUGGCAUUGUGGAAUGCCUUGGACAAGGCUUGCACCGAACGUAUGCGACAGUGGGACAUGGGACUGAUGUUUCUGGUGGCUGACCAUUGGUUUACAUUGCGGCUCUCCAGAAUAUCUAUGUACAAUGUGAAAAUGACUAAAGUUUUGGGAAAAAGAGUGACUUCAAUGGCCCCUGCCCAGUUGGUGCAGUAUCUAUUUUAUGCUAACUUGAGUAGAAAAUUGGAACCAUUUAUAAUUAAGCGAGAAAUAGAAAAACGCCUUAAUGAAGUGCUGGAACAAAUUUCAGUAGAGGAGCUUGGCGUGAUUGCAAUGGGCUUCUUUAAAACUCAGACUUUUCUUCAAAGUGAGGAACUCUUAAAAGCCAUUGUAAAGAAAACUAAGGAAAAUUUAGAAUUUGUAUCUGAUGCAUCUCUGUGUGCCAUUUUGAAAUUAUUACGAAAGAGUAUUCCUGUUACACAGUGGCAGUUGCUGCACAGUCUACUGGAUUUCCUUCAGCCACAUCUUGAUAGACUCAACAACAUGUGUCUCCUUCAAGUUGCACUACUGGGAAGUGAUCUUCUUGUCUUUCAUCCUCAAGUCAUUGACACUAUUGCUGUUAAAUUUGCAAGUGAUAUAAAGGUACUAAGAUUAAAAGAUAUAGAGAGAAUAACUUUUGUACUGAUGUUGUAUAACUGUGUGCCCCCUAGCCAGCCUGACAUUUUUGGCCUGAUUGCGGAGGAAUUGAGGCGUCCAGAGAGAGUGUUUGAAAUUAACCACUAUCCAAAGUGUUUUGUGUCAUGUGUAGUGUACCUAGCAACGAUGGGAUUGUUUUCCCAAGACCUUAUCUCUGCUGCCCUUCAACCGUCCAUGCUAAAUCUCUUGAGUAUGAAUCGGAAUUAUAUUGGUAUGGGCCGUGAGGUCAAUGAGCUUGACUGGGCUCUGGAUAUUGAGGGUCCUCCAAAUUAUCGAGGAUAUAGACUUGCGCCUGAAAUGAGAACUCACUUGACAAAGCAAUACAUGGGAAACUUGCCACUAGGGCCUGCCAAGUACUUGACGCAUCAAGAACGCUUACUACUAGAAGUUAAAGACAAAUUAGCAGCCAUGAUGGGAGGGCAGCACCUUGUUACAGCCACUCAUGUCCUUCCACAUUUCCAGAAUCCAGACUUGGUAUUUUGCACGACCAACAAUGGAGAUCCUGUAUCACUGCCUGAAGAAUACCUUGACCUUGCUCCUACUUCACUCAAGAUUCCUAUAGAGCACAUUAGUGGUGUGCAGUGGAAUGCUGUAAUUAUUGCUGGACGCAACUCCUUUAUUCGCAACACUGAAACUAUGCGAGGCACUGUACAUAUGAAGAAGAGACAACUACUUCGGUUAGGCUAUCAUGUUUCAGUGGUGCCACACAUGGAGUACAGCCGCAAACGUUUACGUUCAAAACUCGAGUGUCUAGAACGCUGCUUAAAUCAAGGGUCUUCCUUUGUCUCAGAUGGCCGCGUGGAAAGUGCCUGGGUUAUCCUAAAAUCUCAAGCAGAACGUCAAGAAGAAAUAAAUGGCUGAGAAAUAAUUGCAUCCUAAGAUAUUUUCAGGUAUCUGUGGUGUAGUUGGAAGCUCACUGCAUUUAAUACUGUAGGACUUGCAUCAAGUUCAACCACUUGUUAAAUUUGCCAGACGAUGCACUGGCUCUGUAUGCUUUUACUGUGUUUUCAAUGACACUUUAGACACUAGACACAAAUAAGUGUAUGGAACUACAACCACACUCAGUGAAAAGUUCAUUUGGUGUAAAUUUGUAUUACUGUAUAUGGGUGGUGCAUUUUUAUGAAACCAUUCAAUAAACAACAUAUGGAAACAUGAUUCAUUGGGUUCCCUGUAUCAUUAUUGCUGAGUGUUUGCUAGUAAGCUUUAAUGUUUUGUAAUUUAUCUGGUGAUUCUUAUGAAGACUCUGUUGCCAUUAUGGUUAUACUACAAAAUUGAACAAGAGUCGGUUUUACAUGUACAAUAUAUAGAUUUCUAGAAUAUUUAGUUGAAAAAUUAAUUUCUUAGUGAUGCUUUAUAAGGUAGUUAUCCCAUUUAACUAGGAAUGGUUAUUAGUUAAUGAGACUAUAGUUAUAUACAAUGUAGAAAAGGUGCAUAAAUUAUAUUUUUCUGAAAGCUAAUUAAAUUUAGCUUAAAAUAUAUUGUUACACUAUUGUAGUGAAGUGUAAAAAUUCCAUUUUUUUUUUUUACUUUUUUUUCUUAAUGCAACAUUAUAAGCAACCCAGCUCAAGGAUGUUUAUAGUGAAAGUGAAACUUGUUCUUACACAGUGAGAAGUGUGAGUGAGAAUGGUCUUACACAGUGAGAAGUGUGAGUGAGAAUGGUCUUACACAGUGAGAAGUGUGAGCGAGAAUGGUCUUACACAGUGAGAAGUGUGAGUGAGAAUGUUCUUACACAGUGAGAAGUGUGAGUGAGAAUGUUCUUACAGUGAGAAGUGUGAGUGAGAAUGUUCUUACAGUGAGAAGUGUGAGUGAGAAUGUUCUUACAGUGAGAAGUGAGAGUGAGAAUGUUCUUACACAGUGAGAAGUGUGAGUGAGAAUGUUCUUACAGUGAGAAGUGUGAGUGAGAAUGUUCUUACAGUGAGAAGUGUGAGUGAGAAUGUUCUUACAGUGAGAAGUGAGAGUGAGAAUGUUCUUACAGUGAGAAGUGAGAGUGAGAAUGUUCUUACAGUGAGAAGUGUGAGUGAGAAUGGUCUUACAGUGAGAAGUGAGAGUGAGAAUGAUCUUACACAGUGAGAAGUGAGAGUGAAAAUGUUCUUACAGUGAGAAGUGAGAGUGAGAAUGUUCUUACAGUGAGAAGUGUGAGUGAGAAUGGUCUUACAGUGAGAAGUGUGAGUGAGAAUGAUCUUACACAGUGAGAAGUGUGAGUGAGAAUGUUCUUACAGUGAGAAGUGUGAGUGAGAAUGUUCUUACAGUGAGAAGUGAGAGUGAGAAUGUUCUUACAGUGAGAAGUGAGAGUGAGAAUGUUCUUACAGUGAGAAGUGUGAGUGAGAAUGUUCUUACACAGUGAGAAGUGAGAGUGAGAACGGUCUUACAGUGAGAAGUGAGAGUGAGAAUAAUCUUACACAGUGAGAAGUGUGAGUGAGAAUGAUCUUACACAGUGAAAAGUGUGAGUGAGAAUGAUCUUACACAGUGAAAAGUGAGAGUGAGAAUGUUCUUACAGUGAGAAGUGUGAGUGAGAAUUAUCUUACACAGUGAGAAGUGUGAGUGAGAAUGAUCUUACAUAGUGAGAAGGGAGACUGAGAAUGGCCUUACAGUGAGAAGGGAGAGUGAGAAUGUUCUUACAGUGAGAAGUGAGAGUGAGAAUGUUCUUACAGUGAGAAGUGAGUGAGAAUGUUCUUACAGUGAGAAGGGAGAGUGAGAAUGUUCUUACAGUGAGAAGUGUGAGUGAGAAUGGUCUUACAGUGAGAAGUGAGAGUGAGAAUGGUCUUACAGUGAGAAGUGUGAGUGAGAAUGUUCUUACAGUGAGAAGUGUGAGUGAGAAUGUUCUUACAGUGAGAAGUGUGAGUGAGAAUGUUCUUACAGUGAGAAGUGUGAGUGAGAAUGGUCUUACAGUGAGAAGUGUGAGUGAGAAUGUUCUUACAGUGAGAAGUGUGAGUGAGAAUGGUCUUACAGUGAGAAGUGUGAGUGAGAAUGUUCUUACAGUGAGAAGUGUGAGUGAGAAUGGUCUUACAGUGAGAAGUGUGAGUGAGAAUGUUCUUACAGUGAGAAGUGAGAGUGAGAAUGUUCUUACAGUGAGAAGUGUGAGUGAGAAUGGUCUUACAGUGAGAAGUGAGAGUGAGGUGUUGUGAAAGGUGGAUAACAUAUAAUAUGAAGGUGGUGCAGUUGACCAAUGCACUGUCUUCCUCUCUAGUUUGGGGCUCUUGCUGAAGGUCUUACUUCCAAUCUUUGGUUCUAAGUGCUUUGUUCUUUGACAAUUUAAUUAAAUUGAUUCCCAGUGCAGACUUGUAUAGUAUAUCACUGAUACCAAAAUUAAUUAAUGUAAUUAAAACAUAUAUUUUGAUCAGAAUGUAAUUAUAAUUUUCAGUUAUUACUAUUACUCAGUUUUGGGUACAGUGUAGAUCAUACUGUAAUUAACACUUAAAUAUAUUACACACAAUACACACA